AUGCAGCUGAGCGCGGGGUCGUCCGACCUCGCGGUGGCGGGCGAGGACCUGAUCGGCCUGCUGGAGCGCAGCGGCACCACACUCGCUCAAGUGGCGCGGCGCUUGGAGGAGGAGUUUGCCGACCGCUUCUCAGAUGUUGGGGUCAAUCCCCUGGCGAUAAUAAAGCGCAUCCGGCGGCUGGAGAGGGACCUGCCUGAGCUGAAGGAGCAGUGCCAAGCCCUCAUUACAACCAAGCAGGAGCUGACCGACUCGGCGCGGCAGCUUCUGCACAGCAAUCGAGACCAGCUGCAGGCGCUCAACGCGCGCAGCGGCGCGCCUCAGCACGACGACGCGGCGGUGGUGGGCGCGUUUGACUCGGCCAUUGGCGAGUGGGACUCCCAGAUGCGGCGAGCACGGGAGAAUGCCGGCGGUGGGGGCCUGGCGUACACCACGCAGGCGCUCAACCUCGCCCUGGCGAGGUCAAACCUGCAGUGA